AUGAGAGAAUCGAUACAGGGCGUUGCAGGUUGGGUGUUGGAUCAUGAUGAUGACCAACACUCCACCGAUUUUGACGGGGAAGCACUGCGCCGCCUAGAAGUCGUAACACGCAUCAGUUCUGUUGCGGCAGUGCUCAAGGACACGCCUGAAUACCUUCAGCAGUUCUCUAUUCAGGGCUUCUUCGACCAUGAGCUCGCCGAUUUGCGACGGCGGGCAUCAAAUUACUCGAUCACCAUGACGUCAGAGGUUGUCAAGCUUGACAUCGCUAGCUACAGCGUCGAGGGGCCAAAGCGCUCGCCCUUAAUUGCUGGCUCUGCUAGAUGUAUAUCGCAAUACAAGCUCGCCAAAUCACGUCUGAGCUCUCGCGCACUCAGUUAG